AUUCUCAAAUGAGGCUGGGAAGGGAGUAGACCUCCAAGAUGGCGGCGCGGUGGGGAGCAGGCGAGCAGACUUUAACAGCGUGCAAUAUGGAGUUUUUCCCCUUGGAUACACUAGACGAGACUGAUGAGCUGAGCUCUGGAGAAACUCUGGAGGCCCUUCAAAGCUGCUUAGACCUUUCCUUCUUUGAGGACACACCAACAAUAGAGACUAAAGAUCUAGAUGAUGAGAGUGAAGCCACGCUGCUAACAGCCCUGACGGAGAUUCUUGACAAUGUAGGAGAUGAGAACCUCUCUCCGUUUGACACGCUUCCUGACUCAGACCUCCUGUCAGGUCAGAAGGGCAGGGAAUACUCUCCGCUCAGGCGAUUGUUGUGUCUGUCCCGUUCCCCUCCAGAGAGAGACAGCCCAUCUAGACCUUUAUCUACUGGAAAGAGCCUCCCUGGGAUACAGACAAACUCUCUGCAGAGGAGUGAUGGGGAGGAAGAGGAAGAUGGGUCCCUCAUGCUGAGCCCAGUCAAGGAUGACUUAUGUCCUGACACUGACCUGCUAGAUUGGGAAGCUCUGUCCCUCCCACUGCCUGUCAACUUUGAGCAGACGGAAGAAGACGGUGUUUCAGUUAGCCUGGGCGACUUGGUCAGGCAUAUGCACCCCUACUGUAUGGCAAUAUGUGUGGAAAAUGAGGCAGGGGAACAGAUUAUGCCUGAAGGAGGCAUAAUACUCGAGAUUGUGGACAAGGGGGAAAAUGGAGAACCCAUUCUGGCCAUUCCAGACAUGAUUAAAGAUCUGUCUUCAGAAAAUGAGCAGAAAGUUUCAGAUGAAGAAGUGACCACUGACAGUUUGGAGCAUGUAGUUGUUGAUGAUGAAGAUGUAACAAUCAGUGAGGCCCCAGUGAAAGUUGCAGCUCCAGAGACAGCAGGCUUUUUUUUAGAUGUAAAAGAUGAGAACAUCAUUAAGAGACAAAAGGAAGAAAUUAAAGAGAAAAGCCCCCCCAGGAGGAAAAAGAAAAAGAAAUGCAAAGAACAGUCCCAUCCUAAUCCUGUGGAAAGAAGGGUCCUUAGGAGUGGCACCGUAAGAAAUGCAGCACAGGACCUGCCUGUAGAGCCCAAAGAAAAGAAGAAACAAAAAGUCCCAAACGUUCCUCUAGCCUCAACCACAGCUUCAUCACAUGUAAAACCUAAAGAAAAAGAGCUAUGCCAAACUGAAACACAACCUCAAACCUCCACUACAGCAGUACUGAGUGGAGUGAAUGUGCAACAAACUAAAGUUACAUCUCUGUCAUCCAAAGUGGACACAGUACCAUUAAGGCCUAAACCCAAGAAGAGUCAAACCAGCUCUUCACCCACAACAAUGAGCUCCCAGGAUCCCAAUGAAGCUUCACAACAGCCAAUCCAAGCCCCGGCUGAGCUCGGAAAUUUGUCAGCAGCUCCCUCUGUUUCCCUCUCUCCGGUGUCUUCAGAGAUCUCGGCAGCUGCUCCAAGAUCUGCCACUCCUGAGAUGACACCGCCUGUUAGUGAGGCCCUUCCUCAUGUGGCUCCAGAAGUCCCAGAGCCAAAACCCAAAGCACUUAGUUUAGAGGAGUACAGACGGCUUCGACAGCAGAAAAAGCCUGUUCCAGUGGAAAAACAAGGCAACAACAGUACCAAGUGGCCCAGCCUUCCGGAGCCUCCUAAAGAGCUUCCCCCUAUUCCCUGCCUGCCUGACCCAAGCCCCAGGGAUCCUCGACGGCCCAACACCCCCAGCAAAAAGGAGGUGGAGGAGGUCAAACCUGCCUGGCAGCCGAGAGGGCCGUGUGCACCACCCACCCCUGAGGCACUGCUGGUUCCACCUGCCUACAUGGUUGCCUCUGCCAACAAAGUUUCAGCUGCUACUUGUGUUUCUAAACCCCAGCAAACACCUGCACCUCCCAGUCUGCCUCAGAAAACCUCUGUUCUAGUCCCUAAUGUAGUUAAAGAUUCACCCACACAUCAAAACACCACUACUCAGCCUUCAGCAUCUGAUGUGCCUAAAACCUUCGGGUCUCAAGUGUCUUUGAAACCCAGCAUUCAGCUCAUUUCCUCAGUAGAUUGGAACUGUUCUCCUGCACUUUCAGGAGGAAUAGAUAUAGAAGUUGGAGUCUCCAACUCUCAGUCUGCAGCUCCUAAGCAUGACGAGCGCACCAAGGCCACUUCUGAAACCACUACAGAUGAAAUAAAACCAACUGCUGCUACUGGAUGUCUUCCCAGUGUCCCAGAGAAGACCACUGUGGUUUCCCAGAAAGUGCCUGAGGUCACUGUUCAUACUUCCUUAAAUAACACCAUCACAUCUGAUAGCAAGUUCUCCAGAUCCGCAGCUGAUGGUACCCAGCUGUGUUCCACUCCAGAUGAUCAUCUCUUGGACUCCCAGAGUCUAAAAACAAAACCAGCUGUUGCUGAAACUAAAGAGAGCCCCACUACAGCAGUGGAAGCCCAAAGAGCAAAGAGCUCCACACAGGAGCUGAUUGAAGCAUUCACAAGUGAAAUAGGUAUUGAAGCUGCUGAUCUGACUAGCUUACUGGAGCAGUUUGAAGAAACCCAAGCCAAAGAGGACCAGUGUGUGUCGGAGGUCUCUGGUAGAGCAGCAGCUGUAGGAAACUCAAGUGUCGAGUGGGUUGCAGAGAAGACCAUUGUGGAUCGUGUAAAAGCUAAUGACAUCUCAAGUACCACAGCUCUGACUCCUCCGGCCACUCCUCCUCAUCAGAUGUGGAAACCUCUGGCAGCUGUGGAACUGCUUGGGAAGCGCAAGGCAUCUGAGGCCUCUAAGUCGAGCCCCUCCAAGGUUAUCCCUAUAGAAGCCCGGCCUCUGCCCUCAGUCAGGUCACGUAGCAAACCUACUCUUGCUGCUGCCACUGUAGCCCCCGAUCUGGCAUGCAUGGAUCAUGACUAUUGCCUUCCCAACAAAGGCACUUCCAUUGCAGAGCCAGGCAAGCGUUGGAAUGUCAAACAGCAGUCUUUUAUCACUAUUAAACCCAUCAGGCAACAUGCUGCAACCACUACACAAACACCCCCAGCUGCCCCGGCAUCAUCUCUCCAAUCUAUCGUAAAUCCCGUGGUUUUAACCAAAACACAAGAUUUUCCACCAAAGGCCAUACAGACCAGGACAAAUAAGUUGGAGGAAAGCUCUGUACUAGAGACCCCAGAUGCUUCUCCUGCUCACCAGGAGACUGAAUUGAAAGAAAGGAGACCCAGGAAAGGACCGCUGGGGAGGUCCUACCGUCGCCAUGCUGCUUCGCGCACACCCAGCCCUAGAUGUAGUCCUAAAGAGAGGGCUAGAGGCCGGUCUAGAAAAAGAUCCCACCAUUCUCCCAGCUCUAUGUCCAGCUAUUCAGAGUCAGAUUCAGAUUCUUCUAGAUCUCGAUCGCGCACUCCAUCAAAUAAAAGGUAUUGUCACCGGAGCAGUUCCAGCUCCUCAUCCCGUUCCUCCUUUCGGCCAUCUGUGUCCCGCUCUCCUCCCAGAAGGAGGAGGUACUCCUAUUCCUCCUCUCGUUCUGGCUCUUGGAGUCGCUCCAGGUCACGGUCUCAAUCCCCUCAAAGAGAAGCUCAGUGGAGCAGAAGCAGACAGUUGCACAGCCCCUCCUAUCAGUCCAGUUAUGGUCAUGCUCCAAAACCAAAUGCAGAUGAGGUGAAGAGACGCAAGGAGAAAGCUAUUGAGGAGCGCCGGAUUGUUUACGUUGGCAGAAUUCAGGGAACGAUGACUCAAAAAGAACUAAAGGAGCGCUUCUCCUAUUUUGGAGAGAUUGAAGAAUGUACCCUGCACUUUAGAGACCAUGGGGACAACUAUGGCUUUGUGACUUAUUACAACACCAAGGAUGCCUUCAGAGCGAUUGAGAAUGGAAGUAAGCUGCGCAAGCCUGACGAGUUGCCAUUCGAUCUCUGUUUCGGUGGAAGGAGACAGUUCUGCAAGACCAGCUAUUCUGACUUGGAUUCAAAUAGGGAAUACGAUCCAGGGCCUGCAAAGGGCAAGUUUCAUGCACUAGACUUCGACACUUUACUGAGGCAGGCCAAGCAGAAUCUGAAGAGGUAACAGGAGGCCUGCAGCAGGAAGUGGCAGAUAUUUACCUCAGAGCUGACAGCGGCUCCUCACCUGCAACACUGUUUUUACAUUUCAGUUGUUGCAUUAGGGAUUUUUUUGUUUGUUUGUAAUGCUGUUUCUGCAAGCUCUAACACCUUCUAUUGAAGUGAAGAUUUGUAAUGAAAAGAGUAAAAGGAGGCAAAAAAAUUGAAUAAAUGGAAUAAAUAAAUUAUCAUUUUUUUUAAAAGGUUUAUUUAAAUGUACAAAGGAACUUGAACUGCAUGGAGAGGGGAUAGUUUUUAAGAGUAGAAUAAGUGGAAUGGAGUUCCCUAAUUGUUGGGA